UCACCUCCGCUAUCAAGUGUAGCCUGAAAAUCACUCAACGGUAUCAAUCAUGAAGGCGUUUAUUGUGUUGUCUAUGGCUGUGGUCAUUGCUUCCUGUGCGGCAGUUGAUGAGUCCUCGAAAAAGGAGAAACGUGGACUCUGGGAGCUCGGACAUGAUUUGAAUGGUUACGACGAUGACCACCACGAUCAUCAUCUGGAUCAUCACGAAGUCAAACAUUUGCAUACAACCAUCACCAAGAAGGUUCCCGUUCCAUACCCAGUCGAGGUUGAGAAACACGUUCCAGUCGAAGUGAAGGUCCCAUAUCCAGUUCAUGUCGAGAAGAAGGUCCCAGUUGUGAUUGAAAAGAAUGUCCCAGUCUACAUCGAGAAGAAGGUCCCAGUUCACGUUGACCGCCCAGUUCCAUACCCAGUCGAGGUUAAGGUUCCAGUCAUCAAGAAGGAAUACGUCGAAGUGCCAAAACCAUACGCAGUUCAUGUUGAGAAACCCGUUCCAGUGUAUGUCCACAAGCCAGUGAUCGUUGAGAAGCAGGUGCCGGUGACUGUUCACAUCAAGGAGCACAAGAAGCACUGGGGAUUGUUCUAA